AUAAGUCUUCUCUCUUCCUCCCUCACUGUAACUUCCUCACAUUUUUAUUCAAAAAUAAAGACCUUUUUUUUUUUUUUUUUUUCUCUUGUUAUUGCUGUUGUCAGUGAUCUCUUCUUCCCAACAUCACAAUCAUUAAAAAAUCCUUUUCUUUUCUUCUCUUUGUAACUUCUGUGCCCGUGUUAGUAAACAACAGAACCCAGCAUCUCUUAUAAGCUCUCUCUCUUCUCAGAUCCAACUCGUUUCUCUAUCUCCCUACCUGUUUGGUGAGACUUGGUGUUAAUGGACUGGAGCUUCAGUAUGGAUCAAAAUUGGUACUGUAAAUGCUUUGCUGGGACUUUGGUUUAUAUCUUUAUGUUUAGACUGGUACGAUUCAAUAAGUAGCUAGGGGCCCUUUCAGUUCUGUGAGAAGUUAGCAGCUUUUGAUUAGAUUUUUAGAUUGUUUGGAUAAAACAAGAAAACAGUCUUUGUUCUUGUACAUACUUGAGCUUCUUGGCUUUUUUAUGGGAAAUUUCAAUCAACACUGAAGUAUAACAUUCGUGGAAAUAAACAAAAAUGGGUGGGCUUUGCUCGAGGAGAUCCACUGUAGAUAAUGCUCCCGGUGGAGGCUUUCCGCAUGUUAAUGGCCAUUUUAGUCGAGGUUCUCGAAUGGAUUUUCAGACCCGUGAACUGCCUGCGAAUAUAAACACCAAUUCAGCUCCCCCUCUCACUGAGGACAAUGCAGAUAAUGCAAACAAGGAUUCAAGGGAACCGUUUUCAUUUCCAGAGAUCAGUGCAGUUCCAUAUGGUGCGAAUCCAGAUGAUAUCAAUGAUGGAAUUCCUAGUUUGUCAAGGGCACCAUCAAAUAAAUCUAGAUCAACCAAGUCUAAGCAGGUUGCUGUUGCAAAGGUUUCUGAGGUUAGCUCUCUUUUAGGUAGAGCUGGUACUGCUGGGCUUGGAAAGGCAGUGGAAGUUCUGGACACCCUGGGUAGUAGCAUGACAAAUUUGAAUCUCAGCAGUGGCUUUACCUCAGGGGUAACAACAAAAGGAAAUAAAAUAUCAAUUCUAGCUUUUGAAGUUGCAAAUACAAUUGUUAAAGGUGCCAAUCUGAUGCAAUCGCUCUCCGAGGAGAACAUUAGACAUCUAAAAGAGGUGGUCCUUCCAUCAGAAGGAGUGCAAAAUCUAAUAUCAAGAGAUAUGGAUGAACUGCUGAGAAUUGCAGCUGUUGAUAAGAGGGAAGAGUUAAAGGUUUUUUCUGGAGAGGUGGUACGAUUUGGCAAUCGUUGUAAAGAUCCUCAGUGGCACAAUUUGGAUCGUUAUUUUGAAAAGUUGGGUUCAGAACUUAUUCCUGAAAAGCAAUUGAAGGAAGAAGCAGAGACAAUAAUGCAACAAUUGAUGACUUUGGUUCAGUAUACAGCUGAAUUAUAUCACGAAUUGCAUGCCUUGGACAGAUUUGAACAAGAUUAUCGACGUAAGCUUCAGGAAGAGGAUAAUUCAAAUGCUGCUCAAAGAGGAGACAGCCUUGCAAUAUUGAGAGCUGAGUUAAAGAGUCAAAAGAAGCAUGUGAGAAGUUUGAAGAAAAAAUCUCUUUGGUCUAAGAUUUUGGAAGAGAUCAUGGAGAAGCUAGUAGACAUUGUUCAUCAUUUUCACUUGGAGAUUCAUGAAGCCUUUGGCAGUGCUGAUGGUGAUAAACCUGUUAAAGUUUCUGUCAGCGGUCAUACAAAGCUGGGGCCUGCUGGUCUUGCAUUGCAUUAUGCAAAUAUCAUUACUCAAAUUGAUACUCUUGUGUCUCGAUCAAGUUCUUUUCCCCCUAAUACAAGGGAUUCAUUAUACCAGGGGCUGCCACCCACUAUAAAGUCUGCUCUGCGGUCCAGACUGCAGUCCUUUCAGAUAAAGGAAGAGCUAACUGUCUCACAGAUCAAAGCUGAAAUGGAGAAAACAUUGCAGUGGCUUGUUCCCUUUGCCAAUAACACAACCAAAGCUCAUCAUGGAUUUGGCUGGGUUGGAGAAUGGGCAAACACCGGGUCUGAGGUGAACCGUAAACCUGCUGGCCAGACUGACUUGCUCAGGAUUGAAACACUACACCAUGCAGACAAGGAGAAAACUGAAGUUUUUAUUUUCGAUCUGGUACUGUGGCUUCACCAUCUUGUUGCCCAAGCGAGGGCUUGUAAUGGUGGAAUCAGAUCUCCUGUUAAGUCUCCAAUCAGAUCCCCUAACCAGAAGACAAUUCAACUAUCAACGCAGAAGCCCUCAUCACCAGUGUUGACCAUCGAAGAUCAAGAGAUGCUUCGGGAUGUGAGUAAGAGGAAAAAAACACCUGGAAUAAGUAAGAGCCAGGAAUUUGACACUGCAAAAACUAGGUUAAGCAAGCACCAUAGGUUGAGUAAAAGCAAUAGCCACUCUCCCACAACUGAAAAUAAGAAAGAUCCCUUCCCUAUUCGGAGGCUGUCUUCAGUUCCUUUCAUUAACUUUGAUAUCGACCGGAUCAAGGCAUUGGAUGUCAUUGAUCGAGUGGACACGCUUCGAAGUUUGUAAAAAGAGAUUCCUAGGCAAAGAGACCUUUUGCUUGUGUAAAGAGUCCCAUCUGCCGCAUUUUUCCAUGUAGGGUGCGGAAUCAGUUUGCGAUUGGCGAUAUUUCCAGUGAGUUGCUAAGCAGAUGCUGAGUGAUACAAGCUGUUAUUUUUUUGUAUGUGAAAAGCCUAGAGGGUGAUUAAGUGUAUUAUUUAGGGGGAAUGCAACUGCUUUAGUGUUAAACUGCUUUCAAGGCUAUAGGUUUCUCUUUAGUUUUAUAUGUAUAGAAUGUUAACAUUUCACAACAAGUAAAAGUUUCAGCUCCUUUUUUGUUUUUCUAUUCCCUACA